AUGUCUUUCGGCCAGACCAUCACCCUCAACUCUGGCCAUGCCAUCCCUCGUGUGGGAUACGGCACUUGGCAGGCUGCGCCCGGCGAGGUCGGAAACGGCGUCUACGAGGCCCUCAAGACCGGCUACCGUCACCUGGACUUGGCCAAGAUCUACGGCAACCAGAAGGAGGUUGGUGAGGGUAUCAGGCGCGCCCUAGCCGACGUUGCGGGCCUGAAGCGCGAGGACAUCUUCAUCACCUCCAAGCUCUGGAACAAUAAGCACGCCCCCGAGGACGUCGAGGCGGCCCUCGACGAUACCUUGGCCGAGCUCCAGCUGGACUACCUCGAUCUCUACCUGAUCCACUGGCCCGUUGCCUUUAAACCUGGAAACGACCAGUUCCCCAAGACUGCCGAUGGCAGCGAGGUUGAGCUCAACCGCAAUGUCACCAUCUCUCAGACCUGGAAGGCCAUGACCCAGCUCCCCAAGUCCAAGACCCGAUCUGUUGGUGUCUCCAACUUUAGCAUUGAGCACCUCGAGGGCGUCAUUGCUGCCACUGGGGUUGUGCCCGCCGUCAACCAGGUCGAGCGCCACCCCCGGCUUCCCAACUUCGCCCUGACCGAGUACUGCGCCAGCAAGAACAUCAUCAUCACGGCCUACUCCGCCUUUGGCAACAACAGCUGGAACAUUCCCCUGCUCGUCAACGACCCCCAGAUCAAGGACAUUGCCGACCGCCUCGGCGCUGAGCAGGGCAAGACCGUCACCCCGGCCCAGGUCAUCAUUGCCUGGUCCCUUGUCGGCAACCACGCCGUCAUCCCCAAGUCGGUGACGCCGUCGCGCAUUCGUGAGAAUUUCCAAGAGGUCGAGCUCGACGAGAAGGCUCUUGAUCAUCUCACCAAGCUGGGCGAAGACCCUCAGCGCUUCAACAUUCCCAUGACCUAUGACCCCGCCUGGAAGAUUGACAUUUUUGGCGACGACAAGGAGAAGGACUCCAAGGCCCAGGUUCUCAUCAAGUGA